CCCUUUCUUUCUCUUCUCCCGUCUCCGUACCAUCUGGAUUACUGCUCCAUGUACCGGGAGAAAAGCACGUGUGCCAAGGAUCCCGAAUGUGCCUGGUGCAUGAACGUCUGUCAGAGCACCCAGCCCCACAGCAUCUGCCCCAACACCGGCUGCCUUGGGUUGGCCCGCCUCUUGGUCGACUGCCAGUCCUGCCUGGCCUUCGGCAGCACCAACGCUUCUCUGCCCCGGGCCCCAGGCCCCUUCGGCUGGUGUGUGCAGAACGAGACCUGCAUGCCUCUCUCGGAGCGGGGCAGGUGCCAGGUGGAGAAGAUCUCGGGCACUUUCGGGUGGUGGGGGCCUCACCCCUACUUCGUCACAUCCUUGGCCCAGUGCCAGCGCGAGAGCUUCCUGCCCGGCCUUCACCUCAUCACCUACCAGCAGCCGCGCAACGACUCCCAGCCCGAUAAGGAGGAGGUGGGCCGCUGGGCCGUACAACAAGACAACAACAAGCGGUUGCUCCAGCGCCCCGGGGCUGAGCGCCUCUUCCCCAGCCCCGAGAGGGGCAAUAAAUAUGCCGUGCUGGUCGAAGGCCACCUUAAUAGUUCCGGCAAUGGGCAGACGAGCGAGCUGACUCUCACCUGGGACCGUACAGGAGUGCCAGGAGGCAGCGAGAUCUCCUACUUCUUCUUGGAGCCCUUCCACUCGGAGAUGUGCGCCACGUACAGCUCAUGCCUGGCUUGUCUGGCCGACCAGGGGUGCGGCUGGUGCCCGCUCACCGCCACCUGCCACCGACGCCUGGCGCAGAAGGACGCCGCCGGGUCCUGCGGGGCCGACACCGUGCGCCUCGUUCUGCUGCCGAGCAAUUGCAUCCUGUGCGAGGAUUACCGCGACUGCCACGCCUGCAGCAAGUCUGCGUCCUGCCCCUGGUUUUCCGCCCGCCGAGGCCGGCUGGCCAACGCGAUCCGCUCUCCGCAAGAGUGUCCCAAACUCUGCAACCAGCGCACCACCUGCUCCGAGUGCCUCUCCAACUCCAGCCAGUGUGCCUGGUGCCAGUCCACGCGCAACUGCUUCUUCUUCGCUGCCUACCUGGCCAAAUACCCUUAUGGGGACUGCCGCGGAUGGUACGACAGUGUUCACUCUGUGCCCCAGUGCCUCGACUGCACCCGCUUCAACACCUGCCGGGAAUGCCUGCAGAACUUCGAAUGCGGCUGGUGCGGAAACUCGGACAACCCAAGCAUCGGCAGGUGCCUCCCGGGGGAUUUCUCGGGCCUGAAGUCCUUCCUGAACUGCUCGGUGGCUCUCUGGGACUCUCAUGGCCUGCCUCCCACCCAUCCCGCCCAGUGGUCCUACGGGCAGUGCCCAGACGUGGACGAGUGCCGCUUGGGCCUAGCCAACUGCCAUCCUUACGCCAGCUGCAAGAACACGCCAGAUUCUUUUGAGUGUCACUGUAACCGAGGCUAUGCGGGCGACGGCGUGGCCGACUGCAACCAGACGUCCCAGGGAGUCCAACACAAACAAAUGCCAGUUCACCUGCGCAUCCCCCUUCCCGACUGGACUCACGGUGAACGCUGCCACCUUUGCCGGCCGGGCAGCUACGGGAACGCGACGCACCAGGGGGGCUGCCAGGAGUGUGCUUGCAACGGGCACGGCCUGGAGGAGAUGGGCUUCUGCCACAGGGCCACGGGGGUCUGUUACUGCGCCCCUCCCACCGAGGGGCUGCACUGUGAGCGCUGCGCCCCAGGAUACUACGGGGACCCCAGAAACAAGGGCAUCUGCUACCAGGAGUGCACGGGACGCACCCUGCUCACCAACCUCUCUUCUUCGUCUUCGCUGAGCUCUCAGCGGGCCGGGGGACCCCCGCCAGGCGGGCUUUCCUACUGCGUCUGGGUGCUGUCGUCCAACGAAGGCAUGGUGCCCUGUCGUCCGGAGCAGACCUGCCCGACCAUCACUCUCACUAUCCAGCCCGACACCCUCUGCAUGACCAGUUACGUCUAUGCCUUCGACGGUCUGCCUGACUUCCUGAACACGGGCCUGAUCCAGUUGGACCGCACGCUGAUCGGGGCGUUCUGUGGCCAGGGCCGUCCCCGACCCGUCAUGGUGGAAGCUCUCUCGGGCCUCCUCGUCAUCUACUACGAGGCCAACUCCAGCGAGUCUUCGGGCUUCAACGCCACCUACACGGUCCACCGCUGCCGGCCGAACUGCCACGCCAACCAGGAGUGCCAGGAAGGGCGUUGCGUCUGCAAGGGCAGCUUCACGGGGCCCAACUGCCAGAUCCAGGUCUGCCCGGGCAACUGCAGCGCCCACGCCAGGCAAGGGGUCUGCAACAGGAGCCUGGCGUUGUGCGUCUGCAGCGAGGGGUUUGCCGGGGCGGACUGCUCCAUCCCACUGGAUGCUGGCAAGAUCGUCUGGGAGACCCUGAUCGACACCCAGCUGACGGCGGACACAGCCAGCCGGUUCCUGCAUCGUUUGGGUCACACCAUGGUGGAGGGGCCGGAUUCCACGCUUUGGAUGUUUGGGGGCAUGUCGCUGCGAGAGGGGAUGUUGGGUAACGUGUACAGAUACUCCAUCGCCGAACGCCGCUGGACUCAGAUGCUGGCCGGCACAGAGGACAGGGGCCCGGGGCCCAAUCCUCGCUACUUCCACGCCGCCGCCUACAUCCCCUCCUGCAAAGCCAUGUACGUGCUCGGCGGGCUGACCGCGGAGGGGGUGGCCAGCGAUUUCUGGUUGCUGAACCUCACCACCUUGCAGUGGAGACUCGUGCAGGACCCCCUGAUCCCAGCCGUGGCGGGACACACGCUCACAGCCCGGCAGGGGUCUUCUUUGCUCCUGAUCGGUGGCUAUUCUCCGGAGAACGGCUUCAACAAGAAACUGCUGGAAUAUAACGUGGCGUUGGAGAGCUGGCAUGCCGGGAACCAGGCUGGGACGCCCCCAACAGGUCUGUACGGGCACUCGGCGGUCUACCACGAAGGCACCGAUGCCAUCUACGUCUUCGGCGGCCACCGCUUCCAUGUGGAGAUGGUUUCAGCGUCCCCGGAGCUCUAUAGCCUUUAUUACCCCAACCUGACUUGGAGCCUCCUGGCCCCCUCGCAGGGGCCAAAGCCGCUGGCUCACUUCUUCCACGUGGCCACGGUCUUGAAGGACACCAUGGUGGUGAUCGGGGGCCGGACGGAGCGCGAGAACUUCACCAACCACCUCUUCUUCUACCAGCUGAACUGCAACACCUGGAUCCUGCCCAACAGCACAGCAGAAGCAGUGGUGGGGGAGCCCAUCACGGAGUCCAUCGCCCACGCCGUGGCUGCCGUCGGGGGCCGGAUAUACCUCUCCGGGGGCUUCAACGGCAUGGCGCUGGGACGGAUGGUGGCUCUCUCGGUGCCCUCUGACCCGUGCCUCAUCUUCUCCAGCCCCGAAGCCUGCAACGGAUCCGGUGCCAGCUGUUCCUGGUGCCGAGCCAGCUGCCUCUCUGCGGAUACGGCCGAGAGGCUGGGCUGCUCCUUCGGGGGGGCCUCCUGCUUCCCCACCCCCAGGUCUGCGGACGAGUGUCGUCGGCUCAGGACGUGUAGCGAGUGCCUCGCCCAGCACCCCCGGGCCAUGGCCCACAGCCUGGGGAUUCCGGCCUUGCCUCAGUGCAAAUGGUGCACCAACUGCCCCGAGGGGGCCUGCAUCGGCAGCGCCGGCAGCUGCACCUCGGAGAACGACUGCCGCAUCAACCAGCGCGAGAUCUUCGUGGCCAGCAACUGCUCGGAGAUCUCCUGCGAGGCCUCGGACUGCGCCAAGUGCACGGCCUCGGGGAAGUGCAUGUGGACCCGGCAGUUCAAGCGCACCGGGGAGACGCGGCGCAUCCUGAGCGUCCAGCCCACCUACGACUGGACCUGCUUCAGCCACUCCCUCCUCAACGUCUCCCCGAUGCCCGUGGAGUCCUCGCCCCCCCUGGCCUGCCCCACGCCCUGCCACAACCACAGCACCUGCGAGGAGUGCCUCAGCUCCAAGGGGGCCGACGGCGGCUGGCAGCACUGCGUCUGGAGUGUCAGCCUGCAGCAGUGCAUGAGCCCCACGUACCUGCCCAUGCGCUGCGCGGCCGGGAUGUGCGGCCGGGUGCUGAGCGGGGCCGAGAGCUGUUCCCCUUCCUGCGCCCAGUUCCAGCAGUGCGCCCUCUGCAUCCAGCAGCCCCGAUGCGGGUGGUGCGGCCUCUGGGGCGAGAACGGCAAAGGGCGCUGUAUGGAGGGCGGGCUGAGCGACCCUCACUAUGCGCAGUCGCAGCUGUGCGACAUGGAGGCGGACUGGGCCUUCAUGGCGUGCCCCCCGGAGAACGAGUGCCUGAACGGGCACCACGACUGCAACGAGACGCAGAACUGCAACGACCUGCCCCACGGCUACCAGUGCACCUGCAAGAACGGCUACACCCUGGACAACGUGACGGGGCUGUGCAAGCCGGUGUGCGAGCAGGGCUGCGUGAACGGGACCUGCGUGGAGCCCAACUCCUGCCAGUGCCACUUUGGCUACGUGGGGCGGAACUGCUCGGUGGAGUGCCAGUGCAACAAGCACAGCAACUGCUGGGGCGUGGAGGCGCAGGAUCAGUGCCUGGCCUGCUUCAACAACACCAUGGGAGAACACUGUGAGAAGUGCCAGCCGCUCUUUGUGGGCUCCGCCUUGAACGGGGGCUCCUGCCGCCCCUGCCACGCCUUCUGCCGGGGCAACAGCAACGUCUGCAUCACGCAGGAGGAGUACGAGCGAGCCCGCCGGGACCCCGCCCGCUACCCGCUGGACCCGGCCUUGAUCCCCAAGUGGGUGGCGGAGGGACCCGCCGAGGAUGUGGCCGUCUGCGUGAACUGCCAGAACAACAGCUUCGGGGAGAAAUGCGAGAGCUGUCUGCACGGAUACUUCCUGCUGGAGGGGAAAUGUACCAAAUGCCAGUGCAACGGCCACGCCGACUACUGCAACGAACUCGACGGGACGAACUGCCCCUGCCAGAACAACACGGAGACCGGGCCGUGCCAGAACAGCGCCCAGUCCGACAAGAAGGACUGUUACAAAUACCAGUGCGCCAAAUGCCGCGAGUUCUUCCACGGGAACCCGGUCGGCGGGCACCAAUGCUACCGGCUUAUCAUCGUGGACCAGGAGAGCUGCUUCGACCCCACCUCCCAAGCCAACUGCUUCCACGAGCCCAACAUCAAGAACCUGCCGCUCGGCCGCACCGUCUUCUUCGGCGUCCAGCCCAAGUUCACCAACGUGGACAUCCGCAUCACCAUCGACGUGACGUUCGGCGGCGUGGACGUCUACAUCUCCACGUCCUACGAGACGUUCGUCGUGGACGUGGACCCGCUCACGGGCACGCACGCCAUGCGGGUGGUGUCGCCGGCCGAUGAGGCGGGCGGGCGCAGCGGGGCCAGCAACGGGAGCCAGGCUUCCCCGCCCGUGAAAGAGAAGCGCACCCACGGCCUCAUCACGUACAUCACCGUGCGGGCGCAGCACUCCGUGCUGAUCGUCCGGGGCGUCCGGGACCGGGUCGUCAUCACCUACCCCCACGAGAUCCACGCCCUCAAAUCCAGCCGGUUCUACAUCGUCCUGCUGGGGAUCGACGGGGCCAGCCCUAACUUCACGGAGUCCCAGGGCCUGCUGUCCUUCCGGCAGGACCAGGCCCACAUCGACCUCUUUGUCUUCUUCUCCGUCUUCUUCUCCUGCUUCUUCCUCUUCCUCUCGGUCUGCGUCCUCCUCUGGAAGGUCAAGCAGUUCCUGGACCUGCGGCACGAGCAACGGCGCCACCUGCAGGAGAUGACCAAGAUGGCCAGCCGGCCCUUCGCCAAGGUCACCAUUUACUUCGAGCCCGACGCCCUGGGGGCGGCCGCCGAGCUGAUCUUCUUGCCCGCCCGCCCCCACAAGCACCCGGCACUGGCCGCCGCCCAGCCCCUGCCCAGCCGCCUGAAACCUUACCACGAAGUGCCCUACCCGGUCGCCCACUUCCGCCGCUCGGAGCCCUUCCUCUCCCACCUCAUGGGCUACUCCUACUCCAGCUUCCGCGUGGGGCCCAUCACCUUGGAGCCCACGGACGACGGCAUGGCCGGGGUGGCCACCGUCCUCUUCCAGCUGCCGGGGGGGCCGCAGGCCCCCAACCGGGCCUGCCUCGGCUCGGCCCUCGUCACGCUGCGCCACAACCUCCAGGACUACUGCAGCAGCAGCCACGGAGUCAGCAGCUCCCGCAAAGGCAUCCUCAGCCACGAGAACCUCACGAGCAUGUCCCUAUGAACCCC